GGAAAUCGAGCAAACACAACAAACUUUCCGGCAAAUGAGCAGGACAGAGUGCAGAACCUGCUAAGAUAUCAUCACUGUGUUCUCUCCACACGAUUCUCUGCUGAGCACCAUCUUUUGAUCAUUGGUUGCAGAGCCAAGGGGACAAAGGGGGCGUGCUCCAAAUGCCCAUGAUGGUUUUUCCCAACCCCUAGCCACAACCAUGGCAGCCAGGAGGUGAAGGAGGUUGCAGAGGAAUUGCCUGACCCACGAAAUACUGGAGUACCAGAGGAAAUGGUUACAGUGCUGUGCUACGGCCAUAGUUUGGGACUGUCAUGAAGGCCAGAGCUUGUACAAGAAGGGAAUACAGCGCCAUCUUCCUCGUUCUGGCCGUGGCUGUCUUAAUCUUAGUGCUGUGUAACAUGGCAGUUCUGGAGUUUCAGGAUAUAAUGAAGUCCAUCAUCGUCCCAAAAGUUUCCACUGAUCCUGACAUGAAUCACAGCUUCUGCACCUUCCAGCCACUCUCCCCUGAGGACACUCUGGAGGAACGCCUCCUACUAGACUCCAUUGCUUGGCCUGAAACUCCACCUUUGCCAGCUCCUGUUUCCCUGGAGAAUACCAGUGAUCCAGCUCACAGCACCUUCACCAUUCUUCCAAGGAGGGGAGGAGGACAGUGGCAUGUAGGGGAUCAGCUGGAGGUCAUGAUAAAAAUGUCUGACUUCCAUGGUCGUCCCAAGAAGUAUGGGGGGGACUUCUUACUCGCCCGGCUCCACAACCUGAAGCUUGGUGCAGGUGUAGCUGGGCAAGUGUUGGAUCAUCUCAAUGGGAGCUACUCUGCUGUGUUCUCUUUACUCUGGGAAGGAGACGCACAGGUUGAGGUGAUGCUGGUUCAUCCUAGUGACGCUAUCCUAGUGCUGAACAGGCUGAACAGAGAACAUCCUGACAGGAUUUUGUUCAAGAGCCUCUUCCACUCAGGCUCACUCUCUGAAACUACUGACUGUAACAUCUGCCUACGUCCAACCCAGCAGCUGCUGUGUAACUACACUGACGUCCGAACAGGCCAGCCUUGGUUCUGCUACAAGCCAAAGAACCUGAGCUGUGAUGCCAGAAUCAGCCAUGCCAUGGGACAACAUGGUCGAUUCAUCAAAGCCAAUGAGGAGAAGCUAUUUCGAAGUGGUGUCAACUUAAAAGUCUACAUUCGGGCUUCAGGACCUGCCAGGUUCACUGUGUUGCCAAAAAAGAAAGGUCAACUGGAGGUGAAGAGUAGUAGUGUGACAUCUGGACCCUCUGGCUAUUACUACCAGGGUGCAUGGCGUGCGCUAGAUGGAACAACAGUUCAACAGUUCAACACCUCUUCCGCUAUCACUGAGUGUCUGAAAGGGAAGAAAGUCCACCUGUAUGGAGACUCCACUGUCAGACAGUGGUUUGAAUUCCUCAACAAAAACCUACCAGAUCUUAAGGAGUUUCACCCACAGGGCCGGACGAAAUUUGGACCUUUCAUGGCCAUAGACAAUGCAAACAGCAUCAUGGUGACGUUCAACUUCCACGGCCCUCCUUUAGUCAGUUUUAUCAGGGUCCCACCUACCACAUUUUAUUACAUUGCCAAUGAAAUAGACCGCUUAACCGGAGGCACCGACACCAUUGUAGGAGUUGGCAUCUGGGCUCACUUCCCCUCUUUCCCCAUAGAGCUCUACAUCCGGCGGUUGCAGAGCAUCCGCAGGGCAGUGGUGCGGCUGCUGACCAGGGCUCCAGGGACAGUGGUUAUCAUCCGGACAGGACACCCCAGAGCUUUGACAUUUGAUCUGUCGCUAAUCUUCAGUGACUGGUACUCACUUCAGCGUUAUAAGGUGCUCAGAGCCAUGUUUAAAGGAAUGAAUGUUCAUCUGAUCGAUGCCUGGUCGAUGGUCCUGGCCCACCACCUGCCACACAACAUCCACCCACUACCUCCCAUUAUUAAAAACAUGAUUAAUAUUCUGUUGUCCCAUGCGUGCCCUCAAAACAGCACCUAGGUGUGUGUUGAUAGGGGGAGGGAGUCUAGAUUCAAGCAUGCGAAGUUUACAUGUUAUCCACAUGUUGAGAAAUUAAGAGAACAGGGGUGGUGAGUGUGAACCACACAAUGAUAUGGUGAUGUGCAGGUGAAACACUGUGCAGCUGAUGCAUAGGCCAAACAGCUGAUGAAGUGUUUUCACACUUGGUCCUUUUCAGCCACCUAAGAGGACUCAGAGCAGUGACUCAGCAUUUUUUGCGUAAAUGUGAACACUCCAAGAGAACUCAGUGGUCUGAGUUCAGUUUGCUUCAAGUCUGUGGUGUGGUUCACUUAACCUGUGCAUUUUGAACAAAAAAGGCUCUGGGUCCGCUUUGCCUUUUGCUAUUGUAUUGUAGCCCUCCAAACGUGCAGUAGACAGAUCACACGCUAUUUCAGUGAGAUGCAUAAUCAGUGGACGAGGAGUACUUUGGUCUGAUGAUGAAACAACUGCACUCCCCCAGAUAUGGAACGAGGACAAGAUCAAACAACAGCUGCAGUGCCACAUCAAAGUGUGUGUGUGUGUGUGUGUGUGUGUGUGUGUGUGUGUGUGUGUGUAGGCAUGUGUGUGUAGGCUAUAGUGUGAAUAGAAAGAGGACUGAGGCCCCAUCAAAGCUGAAGUGGACCAGAAAGAGAACUGAGUCCCCUUUCUGUUGGUCCACUUUUUGGUCCACUUUAAGAGAACUGAGUUCGGUUCACCUAAAAAGGACCAAGUGAAAAAAUACCCUAAUACUCCAAAGUUCUGGCUCGGCUUGUUGUGUCUGUAUGAACUACACAAUCAAGUCAUUUGCAUCUGAUCCUGCUCCAUCAAGUGUUUUCUACAGAGUAUUUUUGUGACUCAAGUGAUUUUGACAAAAGGGUUUUUGACCAAGAACUGACUUGAACUCCAGGCCACUUUUCUGGCCAAGGUUGGGAGCAAAUUUGUUAGUGUAAUGUACCUGUUUAGUCUUAUGCUUUAGUAUCAGUUGACCUUUAAAAAUACAUGUCCAGGCAGUAUACUCUGCUUGAUCAUAACCAGUCACACCUUGGUUUAUUGUUUCAUGUAUCCACAUAAUGUGCUCACACACACACACACACACACACACACACACACACACACACACACACACACACACUCAUUGGUGUAUUGUAUUGAAUACAGGAUCUGAUGUUCAAGGACGAUGUGCACACACACACACACACUCAUUGGUGUAUUGUAUUGGAUGCAGGAUCUGACAAGAUCUGAUGUUCAAGGACUGAAGUGGGAAGUACCUUGGAUCUGAUAGGAUGUGAUGUGCAUGUAUGACACCAUUAUGUUUGGGCUUAUGUGUAAAUGUCCCAUAAAUGCCUUGUGAAAGAGUGUUACAAGUGUUAAAAACUCUUAACAAUGCUUACCUGCCGGAUGAGUUAAUCUGUGAGCAUUCUCGGAACCCAUCGGCUGUAUUUGGCAUCUGACUUCCGGCAGACGGCAAUACAGCUCUGGGGGCAGACCCCCUGAUUUUUUGGCAUUCCAGUUUGGAGGAGACGAAUUUCCGUUUCCGACUUCUGUUUCCUCCCCCCGAUCAUAUAAGUACCAAGUGCUGAACCAUUGCGGUGGAUUCAUAGUUUGCAGUGAUGCCAAUUAUGUUCCGCCUCGUUAGUUCACCGUACAGACCAUUUAACCUGGCAACAACUGCAGCCAGCUCAAACAUGAUUGGUCAAUAUCACGCGGAUUACAAACAGUCUACAACCGGAAACCAGGGCUCUUCCGCUCUUCUUCCAGAGGCACGAUCUCCAGGGUUUGCCUACAGACUCUACAUUCACUGAAUGUAGAGUCUGUAUACAGAGACUAAUCUGUGAGCUACUUGUUGAGUAUUUUAAAGGGAUAGUGCACCCAAAAAUGAAAAUUCAGCCAUUAUCUACUCACCCUCAUGCCGAGGGAGGCUCUGGUGAAGUUUUAGAGUCCUCACAUCCCUUGCGGAGAUCGGCGGGGGGAGCGGCUAGCACACCUAAUGGCUGACGGCGCCCCAGACUAACGUCCAAGAACACAAAUUGAAACCACAAAAUAUCUCCAACAUGCUCAUCCGUAGUAAUCCAAGUGUCCUGAAGCCCCGACAUAUAUAGUUGCUUUGAAAAAUGUCAUUUGAACUUUGUUUUUAGCCUCAGUGUAGCCUUCUCUGUGCUCCGCGCUCACAUGUGCGCACUUGCGCGAGACCAGCGAAAGCAUAUUUGCAUCACGUAUCUGGCUGACUCGCAGGAAUCGGACUCAGGGUGCUGGCAGUGUGGAGCCGGUGCCGGUCUUAGAAGGACUCUUGAAAUCCCGGCUCAGAGUGGAACAUUUUACUGUCAAUCUGUGGACAAUUUACAGGACUUUAAAGAAAGAUGGACUGUUGGGGGUGUCCUGUGCUCUGUGACAGGGAAUGGAGAGCUGGUGUAUAAUUUCUGAGUAUUUGUUUGACGUUUACUGUGUCUGCGGACUGUUUAUUCAGGAGCAGCUUUUGUCUGUUGUUGUUUGUUUGUUUGUUUUGUUUUUCAUUUUUCGUGAUGGUUUGAACUUAAUGGUUUUCAGUCAUUGCUGAAAUGAUUUAAUAAAGGGACUUGAAAACCUCUCCUCUCCUCUCCUGGCUCUCUUUUCCACUCCUUUCCUUUCCUCUCCUCUCCUCAAUUUGUUCUCCUUCUCUCCUCUUUCUCUUGUCCCAGUGAACAGGCCUGUGAUCAAUUAUUUCAUAUUGAGUUUUUGGCUUAAAAAGACAUGUGGAAGCGGGAAGGUAAUUCAGCGUCUGUCUCCACUCGCACCAGGCAGCAGGUGAACCUGAAUCAGCCAAAGAGUUGGAGGGAGACGGUGUAAUUUUACACCAGACUAGCUUACUUGUUGUGAAAUGUAAUGUUGGGUUAUUGCCUAAGUUCGUCUGGCUGUAUUGAGAUGUUUUAAAAGUGGUUUAAUUUCACAACAGUGACAAACAGUGCUGAGGCUCAGAGCAAACUCUAUCAUUAUCUGUCUGCCUAUGAAGGCAGGUAAGGGAAACAUGACGCUGCUCUGCAGGGUGCUAAAUUUACCGACAAUUACUGUGGUGUCUGUGAAAGGGGAAGUUACAGAGAAAGAGGCAGAGGUUCGACUCAGAUGCAGCAAUCGGGCAUACAACACACUUUUAAUUGAGAAUUGAUGCCAUGGACCAAAUUGAAAAACUAAAAUAAAGGAUUAAAAAGAAAAGAGAAAAGAAAAAAGAAAUAGAAAAAGUUGUCUUGCAAAAAGGGCACUUAUCUAGACAGUGGGCAAAGGGGCAGGUGCUUGAGCACCACGUGCCUGUGUUCUACCAUGACAAAUCCAAAUAUCAGUUGUGAAAAAAGCCUGUACACUUGACCAGUAAUAUUGAACUAAAGUCAGUAUGUAACCACGUUAUUCUGUUCAGCUGUACUCUACUGCAAAUGGAUGCUUUAGGUCCUGUAGUUUAGUAUGAUACCUGUGUCUUCACUGUAGCCUUAAAUCUGCGCAGCAGGUUUUAUUUUCUAACAAUGAGUCUGCUUCAUUUCUCACCCUCAGCUCUGCCUGUCAUACCUGCUGCUUCUUCACGUUUUUGCCGGACAAUUGUCAUCACGUCUCUGCUCCUUUCAUUUUCUUGUUCUCUCUGUACUUUUUUAGGAGCCCCUAAUUUUUGGUGAGGCAUUCUGACUUAGCCAAUCAGGCUGCAGUCUGCCUUAUACAGUGGUGGAAAAAAGUUUUCGGACACCCUUAAAAUUUUACACAAUCUCAAAUAUUAUCAUGAAAUAUUUGUGUUUCAAAAGGUGUGGCUGCAUUAGACAGAUACAAACAAAUACAAAUUAUAUUUUUUUGUUUAUUGUUUACAAGAAAAACUAACAAAACUAAAUUCUUGACAGUUUCAAUAUGUCAGUUCUCAACAUUGUCGGUAUCAAAGUCAACAAAUAACAGAGAAUGUGUUCAAAACUGAACAAAAAAUAAAUAAACCAUCACAUCAUCAAAUUAAUAUUUAGUAGUCCUGCCACUGGCACGUAGUAGAGCUCUAAUCCUGGCUGGCAUGUUCCCCACGAGCCUUUCACACUGUUGAGGGAUAAUCUUGUCCCAUUCUUCUUGAAUUACUGCUUUUAAUUCUUCUAAAUUCUUUGGUUUAUGCUUUGAAACAGACCUUUUGAUAAUCCACCACAGAUUUUCAAUGGGGCUCAUGUCCGGGGACUGAGCUGGCCACUCUAAGACCUGGAUACUGUGCUCCUGCAGCCAAGUUCUACUGGCCUUGGAUGUGUGGCAAGGGGCAUUAUCUUGUUGAAACAUCCAGUUUUUACCUCAACGGAACAGUGCACGCGCAGAAGGGAGCAUGUGGGUUUUGAGAAUGGUACAAUACUUGGUAGAGUUCAAUGUGCCAUCACAGACAGUGAGAUGACCAACACCAGCAGCACUCAUGCAUCCCCAAACCAUGAUACUGCCUCCACCAUGCUUGACAGUAGGUACUGUACAUGCUGGAGAUAAUGCUUCGCCUGGCCUUCUGCGUACCCUCACAUUAGUAGGAGGAAGAUAAAGCUGGAAACUGGACUCAUCUGACCACAAAAUCUUCUUCCAAUU